AUGCUCUCUGAUUCAGAUGUGAUUGCAGGAGAAUGGACAAUGCUGUCCUUGGCUCUGAUGCUCGUAUGCUCUCGCUUCUAUGUCCGAUUAAUCCUACUGAAGGACACUCCGCACUGGGCAGACUUUUGGGUCUUGGUCGCGGCUGCUUGUGGUACAGGACUGACAAUAUGCGAUACGCUGAUCUACAAAGCUGGCACCAUGGAAAAUUUCAGUGAUCCAGGAUCAUACACCUUGAAGGUUCGAUUUCUACAGAAUUAUUGGUUUGAUGUUGGAAUGUAUUUCCCAAAAUUCAGCAUUCUCUCCUUCUAUUAUGAACUUGUACCGCCAACCAAACCCCGGAUACGAAAACUUCUCUACGUUUUGAUAGCUUUCACAGUCGCUUGCAGUAUUGUGACGUUCCUCGAUGCAACCUUCUGGUGCAGAGCAGAUAUCGCAUCGAAUUGGUCCGAGGACCCCGACGCCUGUAGCGCAUUCAAUUCUAUGACCAUGAUGCGGAUUCAUUGGUCGAUGAAUUUCAGCACCGAAGUUUUCAAUGUCAUUUUCCCGUUCCCUAUCCUCAGGGAUCUCAAGCUGAGAAAGCCUAGAGAGAAGAUUGGCUUGGGUGUCAUCUUUGGACUGGGACUUCUUACCAUCUCUGUCAGCAUUGGCCGUUUUAUCAACAUGGCUACUCAGGGAAACAAUUUCGAUGCCUACUUAUGGGCCUCCUCUGAGUUGUACGUCUCUAUCAUGGUCGUUUCAUUGACUGCCCUGAGACCGCUUUUGAGGAAGAUUUCUCAUAGCGUCUAUCCGAACCAAACCGCGACAGUUGACCAGUCCAUUCUCCAAACAAAAUCGGGCGGUCUGCGCAUGGAGACAGGCGAGUCAAGGCCGACUGGCUCACCACAUUCAGGGCUAGGUUGGAGAGCACAGAGCGGCAAAACAGACGCUGAAGCUGGCAGCCAAGUUGAGUUGGGCGCUGAGAGCGAGAUGAGUUAUGUGAUCGUGACCGAGGAGAUCCAAGCGUCGGCGGCUGGAAAACCUGAAAAUCCCACAUCGAAUGAGGCACGGCACUGA